UAGACCUUCGCGCUACCAGAGAGAGAGAUAUUGUACAAUUGUACUUCGUUGCCGUCAGUUCAAUCUCCGGUGGAAUUGGGGAGUGAGAACCCUCAAGCAACCGGAAAAAAUGGCGGAUAGGGUUCCGACUGGGAGACCGAAGCGUUUACAAGCUGGUAUUAUUUCGAAAAUCCGAUUGGAAAAUUUCAUGUGCCAUAGUAAUCUCGAGAUUGAUUUCGGUGAUUGGGUUAAUUUCAUUACUGGACAGAACGGAAGUGGGAAAAGUGCUAUACUGACAGCAUUAUGUGUGGCAUUUGGGAGCCGUGCUAGAGGCACACAAAGGGCCAAUGCACUAAAGGAUUUUAUAAAGACGGGCUGCAGUCAUGCCCUUGUUCACGUGGAAAUGAAAAACCGAGGAGAGGAUGCUUUUAAGGCUGAAGCUUAUGGUGACCUCAUAAUGAUAGAGCGCAGGAUUUCAGAGUCUGCUAGUUCUAUCGUACUAAAGAAUUACCAAGGUAAAAAGGUGGCUGCCAAAAGAGAGGAACUCCAAGAGCUUAUAGUACAUUUUAAUAUUGAUGUGGAAAAUCCAUGUGUAAUAAUGAGUCAAGACAAAAGCAGGGAGUUCUUACAUUCAGGAAAUUCAAAGGACAAGUUCAAGUUCUUUUUCAAGGCAACACUACUUCAGCAAGUGGAAGAUCUUCUGAUUGGUAUUCAGAGUCAAUUGAAAAACGCUAAUGAACUAGUUGCUGAACUGGAGAAAUCAAUCAAUCCUAUAGUGAAAGAACUUGAUGAAUUGCAAGGAAAGAUUAGAAGCAUGGAGCAUAUAGAGGAGAUUUCUAAUCAGGUAGACUUGUUGAAGAAGAAAUUGGCAUGGGCAUGGGUCUACAGUGUAGAUAAGCAGUUACAAGAUAAAAGCAAACGGAUCGAGGAGCUGAAAGGACGGAUUCCCACUUGUCAAUCUCGAAUUGAUCAGCAUCUUGUAAGUCUCUGGUUUUCCACGGUGAAAGUUAUGUUAAGAGUUGGAAUGCCUUUGCUGGAACCAUUUUUACAAGUUUCUAUUCUUCCAUGUAUGCUAAUGGUGACUUCUUCGUUACCUUGA